AUGGCGUCGGCGAGCGACGCUAUGGAUGCGGCAGUGGCAGCGGCCAAUCGCAUUGACGCGGUUGAACAACUCCAAACGCAAAUGUCGGCACAAUUGACCGGCAUUGCGCAACAACUUCAGCUGUUGCUCGGCGGUGGUGGUGGCGCUGGCGGAGGCGUCGCAGGCGGUGGUGGCGCAGGAGGCGGUGGCUCUGGCGGAGGUGGCGCAGGAGGCGGUGGCGCUGGCGGAGGUGGCGCAGGAGGUGGUGGUGCUGGUGGUGGCGGUGGUGGCGCUGGUGGCGGUGGCGCUCCCCAACGCCGUCGUAUCGACAUCCUGUUUGGAGAAACUGAAUGGAGACGCAUCCCUGGCCCAGCUCCGCUCCUGGCGGAAUCGGUGGAACGAUUUUUGCCACUUGAACCAAAUGAACGCCUACCCGGUGAAUGA